UUCAUUUGGUCAUAGAAAGUCAGAAACUAUUUUGAAUAUAAAUGAUUCCCACUUGUAGACUGUAGUAACCAUUAUUUUUUUAAAUAAAUUUUCUUCAUCUCUGUUAUUUCUUUCAAAGAAGAAAAAAAAAACACCACGAUUAUCCAUCACAGGCUGUGUUCAUCGGUGAACAUAUAUAUUAAAACUGGUGGCCUUUUCAUUACAAAAAAAAUCUGGACAUUUUAAAAUAAUUAUAGGUAUAGUAGAUAAAAAAAAGUAAAGGAAUAAGAAAAGGAAUCUUUAUGGUGAUUAUUGUAACAAAACAGAAAUCAUUAUAUUGAAUCAUUCAGACGAACAAAAAGGAAAAGAUCAAAGCUUUGUAGCUAGAUGAACAUAGACGUGGCUGCCAAACACAUUGUCUUAAUGCUUUUAUAUAGAUCUUUCUUACAUCCUCUGUUCCUUCACAUUCAAGAAACAGUGUCUUCCCAUUUUCUUCUUCUUCUCAGUGUUUCAAUCUUUGCGAAUUAAGAUGGAACAUGAAGAAACACAAAAGAACACAAGAAACAGCUGGUCACUGGUUCGACCAUCUCAAAUGAUCUCCAUUAGCUUUCUUAGCCUCCUCAUCCCUCUAUCGUUCCUCUUCCUUUCACGUCUCUCUCUCUAUACCUCCUCAUCUCCUGUCACCGUCUCCGGCGUAUUCUCUGUUCUUCACCAGGCCGAUGUCGGAGUCUUAUACACGAUCUUGUUUCUCAUCAUCGUCUUCACUUUAAUCCACAGUCUCUUAGGUAAACCAGAAUGCUCUGUUCUCCAUUCCCAUCUCUACAUCUGCUGGAUCGUUCUCUUCAUCGCCCAAGCUUGUGCCUUCGGAAUCAAAAGAACCAUGAGCACGACCAUGUCUAUAAAUCCAGACAAAAACUUGUUUCUUGCGACACAUGAAAGAUGUGUGCUGGUUAGGGUUUUGUUCGUUUUGGGGCUACACGAAGUGAUGCUGAUGUGGUUUAGAGUCGUGGUUAAGCCUGUGGUUGACAAAACUAUAUAUGGGGUUUACGUGGAAGAGAGGUGGUCCGAGAGAGCCGUUGUGGCACUGACCUUUGGUCUAAUGUGGUGGUGGAGGCUAAGAGAUGAGGUAGAAAGUCUUGUGGUGGUGGUUACAGAGGAUAAACGUGACCUCCCCAUUCGUUUGGUGGGUCUCAGUUUUGUGAACUGGUGUAUGUAUUACAUCUGUGUUGGAAUUGGUUUGGUGAAGAUCUUCAAAGGGUUUUUGUAUUUUGUGAACAUGUUAAUCUUGACCAUUAGGAGAUCGAGAAAAGGCUGCGAAUCGUGUGUUGUUGAUGAUCAUGUGUAAGAGAUUGGACAUAUUAUACUCAAACUCAGUUGAAUAUUUUUGAGAAUUUUUUCAUUUAAAUUUCUUCUUUCUUGCUAUGAAUUU